AGAGGAACAGCACCAAUAUGGAUCAAACGUGACAGUACAAACACCAGCUGUUACUUGCAGAAAACAGAGUAGUAGUAGUAUUCUUCUCCAGUUUCGUCUUCAAAAAGCAAGCCCCUUCUCCCUCUUUCUCUCUCUUCUUGAUCUCUUAAUCUUGUAAUUAGGGAAUGUGUAAUUGAUGCUUUGAGUUGGGUGGUCAUGGCUGCCGAAUUUGAUGAACCUUUGUCCGAUUCUGUACACUCUGGCUCCAUCUCCUUUGGAAGGUUUGAACCUGAAUCCUUAUCUUGGGAGAGGAGGUCAUCCUUCUCGCACAAUAGGUAUCUUGAAGAAGUUGAGAAAUAUUCGAAACCAGGUUCAGUUACUGAGAAGAAGGCUUACUUUGAAGCUCAUUUCAAAAAGAAGGCCCUUCAAAGCCGGAGUUCAUCUGAAGGCGGAAAUGCAACAGAAUACCAAUCUAGUGAAAAUGGCUUCUCAGAGCAUGCAGGUUAUAAAGAAGAAUUUGGACGUGUUAACGAGGGUUGCCAUUUUUUUCCACACUUCAAAAAGAGCCCGGAUGGUUCAGAAUAUGAUGAAGAGUAUGUGGUGAUGGAAUUUGGAAGUAAAGAUUUGGGGAUUUCAAGUUCAGAACCUCAGGUUGAACCUGCUCUCACCAAUGUCGUGGACGGUGUUGAGCAUGUCAAGGCUGAGGAAACAACACUUCAAACUGAAACUGGAAAUUUACUUUUAGUUAGUGCUGAACCAGCAAAAGAAGUUAAAGAGAACCUUAAUGACGAAGCUGUAAAUGUGGAUGUGAUAUCUAAACCGAAACCUAUUAAUCCGUCCCCUAAUAGUCACAGAGAUGAGAAAGUUGACAGUACCACUCCUGAAAAUCAACAACAUCCAUCUGCCAAGGCAAGGUCUGCAGAAACCAAACUUACAAAACGAAUAUUGAAGCCUCAAGUCAAUGUUACUCAGGUUCGGAGAAAUGUUUCAGUUGAAGCAUAUGAAAAUUUUGCAGUGAAAUCUAGUAGAAGAAAAGGCGAAGGCUCACCAAGAACAAAUACAGAAAAGCAAUCAUCACAUACUGGUGCUCCGACCACACGUUUAGUCCACAGAAUUUCCAAGCCAGAGGAUCAUAAAAGUUCAAAGGGAGAAGUAAAUAAUCAGAACAAAAGGGAAAAGGAUCCAAAGGCAAAAAAAGCAACGCAACCACAUCAUUCUGCAUCGGAGAAGGUUUUUCCUGGAGCACAUCAAACAGAAAACAGGCCCAAACAGAAUCUGAGUUCAAGUACACCAGGCUUGAAGAAGAGCGCUGCAGUUUUCAAUUUCAGAAGCGAUGAACGAGCAGAAAGGAGAAAAGAGGCAAGGAAGCAGGAAAAUACAGUAGUUGAGACUAAACAAUUCCGGAGAAGCCUCAGCUUCAAAUCGACUCCCAAGCCUGAAGAUAUUAAAAGCGGGCCAAAUAGCAAGGCUGUAUCAAGUACCACUAAAUCGAUGAAAGUACAACCAAAGUCGUCAAGUCUAGGGGAGAGAGAUACCGCAAGAUCAACUCAUCCAAAGGCAGGAAAUGACCGAGCCAUUUCUAGCAAUGGAUCCACAAACACAGCCGCGGAUCCACCUCGUUUGUCAGGAGUGACCAACGGCCAUUCUGCAACCAGUAAAAUCUCAGGGGUUGCAUCAACCAACAAGCAGGAGAAUGACUUCAAUUUACGGAAACAUCAAGUAGCAGAUGAUAGCAAGGCAAUGAAAGCUCGGAAAUCCGAGGGAAAGCAGAAACUGGAAGCUGGGAGAAGAAGCACUGAGAUAGUGAGGAAAGGUAUGAGAAGCAUUCACACUAAGACUGGUUCAGGAAUAGGUAAUCUGGCCCUUGGAGUCGCCUCCUGAUCAUGGGUGUUUAGUACACAUAGCUUAGAUGUGAAGUCAAUUGAAUCACUAUUAUAUGCAUUGACAAAUCAAGUUAAUCAACAUUAAGUUUAGCUUA